ACACAGGUAUGCCUUAUUGCUUGAAAAAGAGCUCUGCUUACUCUCAUCACUGGACAGUAUGACAAAUGCUCCCUGAAGAGCUACCAUUGCCUAUGGAAUAUUACCGAAACCUUGGAUUAAAAGCAGUACAUGCAAAAUAGAAUCGUGAUUCUAGAAGAUCAAGAUUAAUGGAGAAGAAAAGCACAGCCUGGAAUCUAGACUUCUGUAAAACAGAUGAUGGCAACAUUUCUAAAACAGGCCAACUCCACGAAAAGAUGACAAAUGGUACAUGCACUGCUUUCAUUUGCAACAACCAUCCUCAGCUGGAGUGGUACUGCUAUUUGCUGAUUCUGGUUUGCCUUUUCACUUUGAUAGUGGGAUUUCUAGGCAACAUACUUGCCCUUCGACAUUAUGUGUACUGCGUGAAGACCUGGACUACUAACAGCAUAUUUCUAUUUAAUUUGGCAUUGUGUGACCUCACUUGGAUUCUCAUGGCACCUUUUUCAAUAUAUCAUAGUCUCCAGAAGCCAGAUAACUAUCUCAAUCAAACAUUUUUUUACAUCAUAAGACUAUUUUUUAGUAUUAAUAUCUACGGAAGUGUCUACUUCUUGACACUCAUCAGUUUUGAUAGAUACUUGGGUGCUGUACAUCCUAUCACUUCAUUAACAUGGUGGAACAAAGGAAAGGCCAUGUUUUGUACUGCUGCUGUAUGGAUCUUCAUAGUUCUUGCAUCAGUGCCAGAGAUCUUCCGUACAAUUGAAGCUGGAAGACAGUAUGACAGCAAAAAUUCCCAAGAUGACAUUGGAGGACACUUACAAUUUGAAGUGUCAUUCGUACUUUCCAAGAUUGUAUUGAGAUUCCUAAUUCCAGUCACAGUCAUCUUUACAUGCUACAUGUUGACUCUCAAAGCAUUACUACAACUCUGUAAACGUCAGCAAAGAAAAAAUAGAAUUAUUAGGCCUCUUUUACUGAUUUCAGCUGCUAUGAUUGUAUUUGCUGUGUCUUUCACACCUUAUCACAUUACGAUGAUGGUGAUAAUAGUAUACAAAACUUGUUGUCAACUAUCCUCUGAGAGCAUGAGCAAAUUAAUGCUAGUUUAUCAAAUUACAGAGAUCAUCUGCAGCAUCAACAGUUGCCUUGAUCCAAUCAUUUUUACAGUAGCAAAUAAGACAUUCUAUCAAAAAAUUAAAAAUAUAAAAUGUCAUCCCAAAUGCCAAUGCUGCUGCUGUCUAACACACAGAGUAAGGGACAUUGCUCUGUCCCCAAGAACACUGACUUAAACAUCAGUUUACAAAGACAUGCAUCUCUUCCUAUACAUUUAGCUUUGUACCAUCAGAACAGUUUAAAAUUUCAUCUCCUGUAUAGCACAGCAAUCUCUUGAGUAGGCAAGAAUAGACAAUGUAGAGUAAAAGAGAAGAAAUGCUAUUACAUGUACUUUAAAUAUUAUUGUCAUAAAUAUGCUUUAAUUUAUUGUGACAUAGCACCUCUUUCCCGUAUGUACAUCUGAUAUGAAUGAACAAUGAAUAAAAAAGGAUCUGCUUUAGUUCUCAGCCAGAGAAAUACAGAAAGUCCAGGAGUAAACAGUGUUGAGGAGCCUCCUAAUAGUUUCUGUUAAUUAUUUUUUAAUAUGUUUGUAAGUACUAUUGUGGCUGGACUAUGCAAUUAGUAAGAGUCAUGAAGUUAAGAGCUGAACUUCCCAAGCAUUUGUAGAGAGGCCUAAUACAAGUACUUAAUUGUAAUGCUACUUGCAGUGGAACCUCAAUAACCUGGAUAAAUGCAGCAGAUUUCCAAAAACAAACAAAAUAUAGAUAAGAAGGGAAAGCCCCUGAAGACAGUCAGAGCCAUAGUGAGUGCUUAUGAAGCAAACAAGCAUGGACUGAAGAGUUUGCUGAAGAUUUUUCCAAUGCAACAGCGGCUCCAAACCGAUAGCACAGGCACACUGAUAGUGCCUCAUAAACCUUGGGCAAUUACAGCUGUCUCUCCUAAGUGUUCUGCUUCAGAGAAGCACGUUAUUCCACAGUGAACUCUUAACUCAUGAACGCGGACAACUGUGCAAAGGAAAACUGAAACACUGAAGUGGCUGAGCUGUGGGUAGAAACACUGCUACACAACAGUGCUUUUUCCUUGUUAAUUUAGGGUCUCAGCAUCAGGACAGUCUGAAGUACAGCUUUGCUUAUUAAAAGAGCACAAUGUAUAGUCAUUGAAGAGCAUCAUCUUCAGAAGUCAUUAGAUAGGUGUUCUCCCGGCACAUGCAGACCGUCAUCCUUCAUAUUCAACUAUGUGCUUUCUAGCCAAGUGUCACAAAAUACCUUGUUAGUUAUUAAAGGCCAUAAAUCAGUGGGCAAGACAAUUUUAUUUUCAAAAGUUACUAGUGACAAUGUAUUCUUAGGUAUACUUUGUAUAGUGUCCUUCUUCUCAUUUUCAUAAUUUUAGUACGAUUUUGCUCUCGUAUAUAAUCCUACACUGACAUUAAAUCUCACUUGCUGAAUUUUUCAGUUGUAUUGAGUAAAUGUAUAUGUAUACAUAAUAUCUAGAACAUUGUUUUUUUAAUUGUUUAUAACUGUGAUGUGAAAUGACGGAACAAGUCUUGAUAAUCUGAAACACUUUAAAUAUGUUUAUAUGUGUAUACAUAUGAGGAUCUCACAGCAAAUGCCAUGUCUAUGUUCUAUUCUAUUGAGUUACAUACUCACCUAAUUGCUAAGUGCUGCUCUUAACCCCCUGAUGAUUUCUUAAUCCUUCAUUUUCCCAUAUUUUAAAAGAAAAUAUAUUCACCUUCAUCUACUUGAAUAGGUAGGUGUGCUACCUAUUGUAAACAUGACAGGAUUGUUAACAAUGCACUGACUUCUUAAACAGAGUUUGUUAAUCUCUAAAUGGGUACACAUUGGCCACUCCUCUAUAUGCUUACAUUUCAGACUGAUACAGAAAUGAUAUUAAUGCCAUUUAGCGACAAAGGUGCUCUCAGCAUGAGAAGGGGAUGAACAGGAGGGAUAAUUGUGAAGCUCUGGGCUAAAUGAGUUUAUUGCUCCCACUGGAUUGCGCUGCCAAGUUUUAAACAGUAAGCAAUUUCCAAAGUGAAACACUUGCCAUUUUAUCAUCUAUUCUCUCUUUAAAGCUAUAGAUACACUCUUUCUUUCUCCUUUCUCUGCUUCAGUAUUGAUUUUCAACAGGGCUUCGACAGGGUUGUUUUUUUCAUGCAAAAUUCAAUGGGAAAUCAAAAUCUAAAUAAGUUUUUUCUGGACACAAAGUUAAACACAAAAGCUCACUGCUAUUCCCACUGCAUAUCUACAGAUGUUAACGUUGCUACUACGUAUCAAGUUAGCAUCAUUAGAAAGGAGUUCUGUUGUUAAUGAGGAAAUAACCAUUAAAUUCAGAAGAUCUCGUGAAAAACAUCGAAGUUGUUUCUUUGUCAUGGAAAAAAAAAACACAACUGUUUUCUCUUAGAACUGCUGCCUUCAUAAUGAUGGAUGAUGCACCUAUGAAUGCAGUCUGUGGUCAGAAGUACCCAAAGAUUGUGAGAAUUAAAUUAAAAAUUUCAAAUAAAGAGUAGAAUAGGAAACUUGCAGCAAGGCCAAGCUCAAUAAUUAGAAAGAUUCACAGAUAACCCUUUUGCAACUUGUAGGCCUUUUGCAUGCAGAAUUAAUAUGGAUUGCAAAGUCAUGGGUUUCUCUACCUGAGAUUCAGUGUGCGAUAAGAAAAACUAAGACUACUAGUGUAGUUAGUAUCAUUAAAAAGGAGUUCUGUUGUUAAUGAGGAAAUAAGACUCCUAGAGUAUGAAAGUUGUACCCUCUGUUGUAGGAAAGUCAAUGUGAGAUUCUGACUCAGAAAAAGUUUUCCAUAAGACAGAGAGAAAUUUCAUUCUGGUCAGGUAAUCAGAACAUAAAAAUGCAUUUAAAUGAAGAAGAGUGACCUUCAUAGUCUCUAUGUGGCUGAAUUAUGCAGUAUACAGAUAAAAAGAUGCAAAAUGAGCUGCUAUUUACCUCCUGUCAGCAUCACCCUACCAAAGUGCUGUAUGGUCUAAGCCACACACAACAGAACAAUGCCAGCAGUUGCCAUAAGAUGCCAACAGGCUAGGGGAGCAUCAAAGAGAGCUGCAAUUGCUGUGCCCAGUGACCAGGAAAGAACAGCAGAAGCAAAGAGGCAGGGAACUGGUUUUCCAGAUGUCAGCCACGUCAGAAGACUAAAACUGCCAUGGAUUCUGUGAUAUCAAAAUGAUAAUGAUUUCUGCUGCAUAUCCUUUGAUCCUCACUGACUUCCAAGGAUAUGAGCAAGAGAUAAAGGUAGCAUGAAUGGCAGCCCCGAUUUAUAUGACAUGCUGGGGAAAAGCAGGAGAAAGCUGGAGACUCCUCUAGUUCACUUACAUAAGGCAGACUAAGGCAGGUCUUCCUCAGUCCACAGUUCUAUGUACAUCUACAGAUCAAGGGACACACUACUGGGACAUUGAAACUCUCAUAAAAUCCACUUUUCCACAUUACUUCUCUCUG